UCCUUCAAGUUCAACAUAGUUUGCUACUACCAAUGGCUACAACCAAGUUGGCAGCUCUUUGCUUCAUUGUCCUCCUUGGCAUUGGAGUGGCAAAUGCUGCAAGGGUAGCAAGAUAUGUUAGUGCCGGGGGUGGUGGUGGUGGUGGAGGGGGAGGUGGCGGUGGUGGGCAAGACGGUGGGUCAGGAUAUGGUUCUGGUUCUGGUUCUGGAUACGGUGAAGCUGGUGGGUCUGGGUCUAAUGGCGGGGCAUAUGCUCAGGGAGGCGGUCAAGGUGGAGGUGGCGGUGGAGGACAAUAUGGGGGUUCUGGAUCUGGUUAUGGUUCGGGUUCUGGAUACGGUCAAGCCGGUGGGUAUGGGUCCAAUGGUGGGGCAUAUGCUCAGGGAGGCGGCCAGGGUGGAGGUGGCGGAGGAGGACAAUAUGGAGGGUCUGGGUCUGGUUCCGGCUCAGGUUCUGGGUAUGGUCAGGCUAGUAGGAAUGGUCCUUAUGGAGGAGGCUAUGCUCAGGGAGGUGGUCAGGGUGGAGGUGGCGGUGGCGGACAAAAUGGUGGGUCUGGACAAGGUUCUGGCUCUGGCUCUGGAUAUGGUCAAGCUGGCGGAUAUGGGCCUUAUGAUGGCGGAUAUGUUCAGGCAGGUGGCCAAGGUGGUGGUGGUGGAGGCGGCCAAAGUGGUCAAAAUGGUAGUGGAUAUGGAAGUGGCUCAGGGAGUGGCUCUGGAAGUGCUGGCAGUGGUAAUCCAUAGGCCUUCUAUAUGGAUUUGGAUAUCUAAUAUACACCUUUACUAAUAUUGAGUAUUUCGGUAACGAUGAAUAAAAGGGCUUUAUGUGCCCUUGUAUUAAAAUUAGUCAUGUUGCAUACAAAAUGUGCUACUAUCAAUAAUGCAAGUGUGCUUGGCUUUUUGUGUGUAUCAAAUGAA